AUGGCGAACGUUAAUCUCCCAGAGCUGCCUCCUCUUCCAUCUUAUUCCUUGAGACCCCGCCCACCAAUGCUGCCAGGCAUCUCAGACCCGGUGCUGCAACUGCUCUCGCCUGUCGUGGCCUACUGGGUCGUUUCUGGCUUCUUCCAUAUUCUAGACGUCUAUGAUCUGUUCUCAAAGUACAGGCUGCACACUCCAGCCGAGGUCCUCAAGCGCAACCAUGUCACCAGAUACGAGGUGCUCAGAGAUGUCAUCCUACAACAGAUUAUCCAGACAGCAUUUGGGCUGCUUAUCGCGCAGUUUGACCCAGUCGAGACCAUCGGGCGAGAAGAGUAUGAUAUCGCAGUCUGGGCUCAGCGCCUGCGGCUAGGACAAGGAUACCUGCCGGGCCUGCUCAGCGUUGUUGGCAUCGACUCCUUUUCCUUGGGGAGAAAGGUGCAGCAGAGCCAUCCUCAGCUUGCAGGAGCAUUGUCGGGAGGGAUAUACCCGACAUGUUCAUUCGCGUCAUGGGAGACGACAGCCGCCAAAUUUAUCUACUGGAUCGGCAUGCAGCUCGUCCAAUUCACCGUCGCCAUCCUGAUCGUCGAUACAUGGCAAUACUUUCUCCACCGCGCCAUGCAUAUGAACAAGUUCCUCUACACCACCCUCCAUGCACGACACCACCGGUUGUAUGUCCCCUAUGCAUACGGGGCUCUUUACAACCACCCUUUGGAAGGCUUUAUGCUUGACACGCUUGGGACUGGUGUAGCAUACCUGGUGACAGGCAUGACUGUGCGCCAAGGCAUGGUUUUCUUCACCUGUGCUACAAUCAAGACAGUCGACGAUCAUUGUGGCUAUGCCUUCCCAUGGGAUCCAUUACAGCAUAUAACCUCAAACAAUGCCGCUUAUCACGAUGUACACCAUCAGAGCUGGGGCAUCAAAACAAACUUCUCCCAGCCAUUCUUCACCUUCUGGGAUCGCAUUCUUGGCACCGCAUGGACUGGCGGAGAUGUUUCCGCCCGCUAUCAACGCGACAGAAUCGCUGCCCAGAAGAAGGUGGACGCCGAUGUCGCUGGGGCUCGCCCCUCAGUGGUCAACUCGCCUGAGAUUGACAUACAGUAUGCGCAGCAACAGGCUCGUUCAAGUCAAAGGCAUGUCCUUGACGACAUACAACAUGGUGGACCUCAAGUCCUCGAGGAGGAAGCUAGGGAGGAGAGAGAAGUAAAGUCACCCUCACGGCGAAGCACGAGACGCAAGAGUGGCUUUGAUGCCAAGUCAAUAUCGGACCAUAUUGCAGGACUCCAUUCCAGAAGUCCUGCGAUCCUCCACGCAGACGGCAUGCACUGA